AUGACUGGAGAGCUCACACUCACUGGGAAAGUUCUCAAGGUGGGCGGCAUCAAGGAGAAGGUUAUCGCGGCUAAGCGGGAGAACAUAAAGACCCUCAUUUUCCCCAAGGGAAAUCAACGAGACUUCGAGGAGCUUUCGGCGAAUAUAAAGGAGGGUUUUGACGUUCACUUUGUAGAAGAAUAUGAUCAAGUCUUCGACCUCACCUUCGGCCAUCACUACGGGGCCCCCAUGGGGGCCCCCCACCAGACCCUCGAGGGGGGGGCCCCUGAGGAGGGGGCCCCCGAGGAGGGGGCCCCCGAGGGGCCCCCCGAGGAGACCCUGCAGGGGGCCCCCGAAGGGGGCCCCCCCGCUGAGGCCCCCCUCAACGGGGGCCCCCAAGACGAGGUAAACCCUCAGGGGGGGGCCCCCCCAGAGGAGGGGGCCCCCCAGGGGCCCCCCGAGGACCCCUCUAAGGGGUCCCCCCAACAGGGGGCCUCUUAA